AUGGAGGCGGUGAAAGGUGAGGGUGAGGAGGCGGAGGAGGUGCAGCCGGCCAAUGAGGGGCUGUCGGCGCCGUCGCUGGAGCUGAACCUCGUCGGCGCUCUCGUUCUCGCGGAGAACGCCGCCGCGGAGGAGAAGGGUAAGGCCGAGUCGGUCGUGGCGGCGGGGCCGUCACUCGAGCCGAAAGCGGCGGCGGUGGUCGCCGGCGGCGAGAACCGCCGCACGUUCAAGUGCAAUUACUGCCAGCGUAAGUUCUACACGUCGCAGGCGCUGGGCGGCCACCAGAACGCGCACAAGCGCGAGCGCUCCAUCGCCAAGCGCGCCGCCGCCGGGCGGGGCGGCGACCCUGCGGCUGGCCUCUACGGCGCGGCGGACCACCACCUCCGCUACGCCACCGCCUGGCCCUAUUCCGCUGCCGGCAGGUCAUUCCUCGGCCGGGGCUCGGCCACGGCGCCGUUCUAUGGGAUGCAGAUGCACCACCCCGGGUGGAGCGCGGCGCCCCAGCCGUACCUGGCCGGGCUCGCGCGUCUCGCCGGCGCCCACCGCCCGAUGUAUCGUCCGGAGGCUUACGGCUAUGGCGCGUCUUCCAGGGCUCCCAUAUCGGCCUUCCCUGAGGCCGCGCCGGCGGUGACCGGGAUCUCGCGGGCUGGUGGAAGUGGCAGCGGAAGUGGUAACGGCGGCGAUCAUAGCAUUAAUGAGUUGAAGAAAAAGGAGGAGACCACCAGCGAGAUAGACCUGACUCUCAAGCUCUAGCUAGCUCCGAUCUGUAGGGUCCGAUCAUUUCUUCGUGAGAGCCUUAAGCUCGAUCUCGUUGACAAGUGUCAAUGCUAUCCGUCAUUUAGUUGGUUGUUGUAGAAGAAGUUCAUUUCCGUUCUUUCUUAAUUGUGUCAGUGCAUGGUAAGCUAGCUGAGAUUAGGUUUCUAGCUAGUCUUUGUUGAUCGAUGUGAUGUAGUGCAAGACUUCAUCCUUCCAUAUAUGUAUGAAAAAAUGGUCAUAUGUCGACCACUAGUUUAUGUUAUUUGUUCCUUUCAUGGAACUAAUUUAUUUUGAAUGAAAUUGUUUCCUGCCUGUUCCAA